UAUAAAUUAACCACAUCAAUAUGACAUAACCUAACUUAUGUUUAAUUGCUUUUUUCGGCGACUGGGAAGCUUAUUUGAUCCAUUAAAUCGUCGAUUUUUGCUUGUAACGUUUCCAAAAUAUCGGCUGAAAUAAAUAAAUGAUUUUCAUCUAAAUCCUGAAUUAUGAAUUUUCGGCCAAGUUUUGUCGUCUCAUCCAAAUAUAAAAGAAACUGUUUCAUGGCUUGGUCACUGAAACAACGUAUUUUUUAGGAGAAAAUGCCCAAAAAAGGUUUAAGUUUUGAAGAGAAAAAGGCUAAAAUGUUGCAAUUGCUUUACGAGACUAGAGAUUUUUAUCGUUUGGAAGAAUUGGAAGUAAUUGCGCCUAAGGAGAAAGGAAUUACAGCGAAUUCUGUCAAAGAAGUGCUCCAAGCUUUGGUGGAUGAUGGUUCUGUUGACAGGGAUAAGAUAGGGGGGUCCAUUUACUUUUGGGCAUUCCCCAGCAAAUUAGUAAAUGCGAAAAAACGCAAUUUUGACGAUCUUCAAACGAAAUUAGAAGCGUCAACGAAAAAAUUGAAAUUAAUUGACGAAAACGUUCAAAAAGCCGAGAAAGAGAAAGAAAAUUCCGAUGAAACCAAGGAAAUCUUGAAAGAAAUUGAAAAAUUACAAGAACUCAAACAAAAACUUGAAUCUCAAUACAAGUCUUGCAAAGAUGUUCAAGACUUAAAAUUAAUGAAAAGUGAGACACAAAAUGUGAAAGACGCGGCAAAUAGAUGGACUGAUAAUAUCUUCGCAGUGAAGUCAUGGUGUAAAAAAAAGUUUAUGAUCGAAGAUAAGGUCCUAAAUAAGCAGUUUGGGAUUCCGGAAGAUUUGGAUUAUAUAGAUUGAGGUUAAGUAAUAUAAAAGAUUAAAAAAAGCUUUAGGGGCUUACCAGGUGACCAAAACGCCUUUCAUCACAUUAACCAUUGUUGAAAAUAGAAUAAGUUGUAGUUUUUUUACGAAAUAAAUUACUUUUGUUA